GCUCAGUGGGAUAAUCAAACAUCUGUGGGUUGAAUCAUCAUGAAGUACCUCUUGACCCCCCUCAUCAUGCUAAUCAGUUAGUGAUAUGUGAAAGGGGGCUGGACUUAUGACCUUACCUUUUAAAUCUCUGUGUAUCUCAGCAUAGAGGCUUCUCUCGUUCCAUACCUCACUAGAUUCAGGACUGUUUCGUUCCCCACCACCACCAGUGACAACAUGGCAAAGACAAUGGUACUCGAGCUGAAGAAUGUGAAGCUGAGAGCUGGAGACCAGUUGAAAGUGGAGGGGAGGAUUCUGCCUGAGGCGAAGGGGUUCCAGAUAGAUCUGGGCUGUGACGAAGAUCACCUGGCACUGCACUUCAACCCACGUUUUGAGGAUGACACGGACGGUGCUGUGCUUGUGUGCAACUCAAAGAUUGACGGCUGCUGGGGUCAUGAGGAGAGAGAGAAACACAGUGGCCUCCAAAGGGGUUCUACUGUCAAGAUUGUCCUGAAGCUGACCGGAGACCUGUUUGAAGUGGAGAUGCCUAAUGGACAUGAGAUCAAAUUCCCCAACCGUUCCGUCCUGGAUGUCGUUACCUACGUCCGUGUCAGAGGGGACUUAAAGCUCACCGCCUUUAAGAUCUACUAAAGAGACCCAUAAUAUCCACCUUGUGUAGCCUGGCAACAACGGCACGGCCCAUUUGUCUCGUUUGUCUUCCAAUUUCCGGUGCGUUCCGGCCCAAUGACACGCAAGCAAGUGGGCGGGGCUACAUAUAGAGUUAGACCAAUGGGCAGUAAGACAGGAUCAAUGGCCUGUAUCAAAUAGUAAAUGGAAAUAUGGGGUGACCAUGGUUUUGUUGUAACAAUAUUCUGACAAACAGUAAACACAAGGGACAACUGGGGACGAGGUUAGGAUACUGUCAACUAAUUACGUUCCUUUACAAAUACAGACGUAUCACACACAUCUUGGCCGGAUGAAAUAUCAGUCAAUGUUUUACUUGUUUUGGAGAGAAAGAAUGUAUUCUUAUACUGUAGUAGCCCAAAUUAUUACUGACAUAAUCUCUGAUGUUCUGAUACUGUAGUAGCCCAAAUUAUUACUGACAUAAUCUCUGAUGUUCUGAUACUGUAGUAGCCCAAAUUAUUACUGACAUAAUCUCUGAUGUUCUGAUACUGUAGUAGCCCAAAUUAUUACUGACAUAAUCUCUGAUGUUCUGAUACUGUAGUAGCCCAAAUUAUUACUGACAUAAUCUCUGUUCUGAUACUGUAGUAGCCCAAAUUAUUACUGACAUAAUCUCUGAUGUUCUGAUACUGUAGUAGCCCAAAUGAUUACAUUAUUACUGACCUAAUCUCUGAUGUUCUGAUACUGUAGUAGCCCAAAUGAUUACAUUAUGACUGACAUAAUCUCUGAUGUUCUGAUACCAUAGUAGCCCAAAUGUUUACAUUAUGACUGACCAUGUCGACAGAUUGGGUCAACAACAGAAUAGCCGUUGACUCCAGAAGCAUGGAGUAAUUUGUACGAUGAUUUCCAAAUGUUAUUUUCUGUAUACAUUGAAUGAAGUAAAACAUAAUGGACCGCAUGUCAUGUCAUCAAUAAAGUUCAGC